AUGUUUUUGCUGCCGCGGCCGCGCCGCGAGCUCGCGUCUGUUUUGGCGCCGACGACGCGACGCGCCCCGCUGCGUGAGAUGGCGCCGCCGCGGGGUCGGCGCCGCGAUCAGCCGCGCGCCAGCGGCGAGCGGCGCAGCGCGGCCACCAUGCGGCGCGAAUGUCGUUACAACUCUCAGAGAGUCUUUGCGUUACUUGGAGCACUUGGAGUGCAGUCGGCAACCUCAGUUACGUCACUUUUUCUUGCCAAACGUGUCAUGGGCGGCGCCCAGAGCGCCGACGGCUCCUCCUCCUCCUUCUCCGCCGUCUGGGCCGAGCUGCCCGACGCCGCAAAGGAUGAGAUCGCCGCUCUCGCAGGCAAAGACUCGACCGCCCUGCUCAAGCCGCACCCAAAGGCGCCUCCAGCUGCGCCGCCAGUGCCGCUGGGAACAAAAGCCUCGCUCGACCACACCGCGGCCACCGCCGCGCUGACGCUGGUGCCGCGGCUGCAGCGCAAGCACUACGAGACCAUCCCAAAGACGCUGACCGAGGCGGCCUUCUGGGAGGCCUUCUUCUCGCACGCGACGGUGAUUGUGACGCGCCACGCAAAGGCGCUGCUGGUGGCGCAGGGCGAGGGCGACGCGUGGAGGUGCGCCGCGCCCGACGACUCCUUCACGCCGGCGUGGGAGGCGGCGGACGAGGCGGCCCGCGCCAAGCUGGCGGCGCUGGCCGCGGCUGAGUCGGAGGCGCUGCUCACAGCGGCGAUGAAGGCGCCGCCUCCCUUCCCGGCGGUGCCGCUCGGCACGACCGUCGCAAUCAGCGAGCGCGCGGCCGUGGCGGCCCUGACGCUCGUGCCCGGGCUGCAAAAGAGGCAGUACGCGCUGGUGCCACGCCGGCUGGACGAAAAGGCGUUCUGGGUCAACUUUUUCUCGCACGCGACGUGUCUGUUGGCGCCAAAGAAGUGAGCUUGUGGGAGCGGAAGACGCAGUGCUCGAUCUUUACCGGUAUGAGACCGGUAUUUGGCGAUAUUUUGAUUAGUUUUGGAGUGGUAUGGUAUAGUGGUACGCGAAAGUGGUAUGCGGGGGUUUCAUUAGUUGUAGCGGCUGUCGGUGUUGU